UCACUAGCUGCGCAUCACCCCACAUCCGGAAGUACCACCACUACGGUGUAUCAUAACGCAAGAGACUUCAAGCUGUAUUUUCGCUAUUGUACAGGUAAUUCAUGAACGCAUCGCGAAGCUCUUGGACCGUCAGCUCGAGAUAUGGUCUCGGUCCUGCACAAAUCUCUCCUGGACACGAUGAACAGCACUUCUGGCAAGAGCUGCUGUUCAUAGAGCCCGACCAUGCCUUUCUAACGCGUCUUCUAUCCACACUUCCCAAGGACGAGUGCCUCAGUACACACAAGCUCCUGUUCCAUACUCUCUUUAAAGUCUGCCUCUCGUUUGCAGCCGACCGCAAGGGCAAGGAGACUCGCUCACAUGCCGUCGACACGCUCUCUAUCAUACUCCGUACUGUGCUCGCCAAGAACCUAGCAGGAUGGGAAGUGAUGGAAAUCUUUGCCAUUAGAGUGAACGAAGCCGACACCGGUGUUCAUGGUACGGUCGACGUGGCAUCGUCAGCUCUACUGCAGGCUCACCGGCGGAUAUAUAGGAAGACUCUUCGACACCAGGUUCUCCAACUAACUGUUGUCUUUACGUGUAGCAUCAGCCAGUUAAGCCCGGGCGCGUAUCUCCUGCGCCGGGAUCUCUUUCCUUGCAUCGUCAAGGUCAUUACAUCUCCAGAUACUCAACGCUUUACUUUUGAAGCCUCGCUCCUCCUCUCCAUCCUUGCGAAUUUUCACAAAUCCGAUGCAGCGAGGCUUAAUCCAUACCUCCAACGCAUACGCGAUACGCAAGAUACAGAACUUAUGCGCAAGAUUUGCUGGGCAGCGGGGUUUGCUCUCGAUGCUGCUGUGAAGGCAUACCAAGAAAUUUCAGACGAUUCGAUACCCACAUUCACAAAGAGUAUCGGAGCUUUGCUCACUUCGCUCCGACCCGACCGCGCGUUAGUAGGGCAGUCAUUCGACCCACCUCGAGAGCUCUUCAAGAAUCAACCUAUCGAGGCUACUGUUUCUCUCCUACCCGUUUUCGAGUUCCUUUUCUUCAAUACACUUUUUGCGCAGGUGCUAUUGGACACGGUACCUUCACCUGACACCAAGCCAUCCGACAGCAAACACAGCGCACGGGUAUCUCCGCUAGCAUAUAACAUCCUCUCACUAUCAUCCUAUGUGUUAACACAUGCCUCAUCUUCGGCGUCAACACGCACCUUGGCAUAUGCAAGCCUUGCACUGAAUACCCUUCUUGUGAUAUCUGAGAACACGUGUAUAAUAUCGGUCUUUUGUAAGCCUGCCUCUUCAAAGGAGGCAAUCAGGCUCUGUCGGCAGAGACUUCCGCUCCUCCCGGUACCAUCACCCACGCGUGCACCAGUGUGCGCACUUCUAGAUUGUUGUAUAUUAUGGCUGCGUCAUAAUCUGCAUAAGCGGCUCGAGGUUUACACGUUUACAACAUGUAUCUGGACGUGCCAUCGCGUCAUAUGGUAUUUGCAGAAGGAGAGAAUUCGCUUAGAUUAUGACUGGCUCGAAUUGUGGAAAGCUGUCGUUGGCUUACUUGGGUUUAUUUCGGGCAAGCUAGAGAGUCUGGCAACUACCGGAGGCAUCGAGCGACUGGUUCAAGAGACUAUCCGACUACUUGACCUCGCGUUGCGCAGAGCGGACCUAUUUUUGCCCACACCCACCGCCCUUCAUGAGUUCAUCUAUGAAGUUGUCCGCUCUUCCGCGGUCAUUCGGAAGCAAACGCUGCUUUUACAAUCGCUAGGACAGCCUACAUCCGCAGACCGUGGGGCAUCACUGCGUUCUGAUAGCGCGUCCAAAGCGCUGGCUCGUGUUCUUUCCACAGUUGCCUACUACGAGGGAAAACUUUCUUCUGCUGGUAUACGCAGUGCCAAAGACGCAUUCCGAAUUGUCUCGAAAGACAUCGAGCAAAAUGGAUUGCACAACGCACACGAUGCGGAUGACACAGACCCACCGAAACACGCGGAGGAUGUCGUCAGUUUUAUCCGGGUUGCAUGUACAGAUGGCCUGGCGCUGAUGUCAUGAGCGCAAGAAAUGUCGUGCAUGUCAAAUACAUAUUUUAUGCAAUGGGGCCGGCUGGCGAUUCAGCGGGGUUCCGCUUCCGUUGUGAUUGUUUGCUAGACUCUUAUGAGGUUAGAGAUGUGCGAUCACGACACGUAGUUGGGUUGACUCGGUACCUGUAUUUACGGUGUGUUCCGUGGUGGCCAACACCUCCAACAGACUCCGCCGCCUCGACCUCCGUUGUGGAAGGUUUUCACUGGAUAUGAGCACAACUCUAUCAGCCUUGAGCGUCUAGAUAACCACGUGCGAAGGUGAAAAAACUUUUUUCAAAUGACCAUAAAUGGGAUAGGGCGGUCUCCGAGCAGCAUCGAAAGGAAUUGAAAUAGAGGUCGAUGAUCAAU